AUGCAAACUGAUUAUUUUUCUUAAAGAUCAGCUAAUCCUAAUAAUUAGAGUGCUAAGAAUUUUGUUUAAUAAAAUAGGGGACCAAAAACUGCUCCACCUGCUAUGUAUUCAGUUCCUUGUAUGAAUUGCGAGAAUUUAAUACCUAUAAAUGAGAUAGAUUAACAUACAAUGAAAUGUUUAAGUGUUUCAAAGAGUGUGACAGCAGUAUUAAAAUCAAAUAGGAAUCUUGAUGAAAUAAAUUUCAAGAUUUAAAAGUUGAGAGAUUCUAUUUAACAAUUAAAUUCAAAAGAAUAGAAAUAAGAAAAUAAAAAGUAUUUAAUUAGAGCAGAUGAAAUGUGUGAGUAAAUAUAGACAAUCUAAAAUACAAACUAAAUUGAAUUAAGAAAAUUGUAAGAUUUAAAUUAAGAGUUACGAACAAUGACAGAAUCUUAUCGUGGUUCAUUAGCAAUAGCAUUAUAUUUAGAAAGAUUGCAUUCUUUGGGAUUGUAAAAGUAAACUUAAUUAGAAAAAGAGAUUAGAACUCCUCGUAUUGAUAUAUAGAAGCUCAAUAACAAUAAUAAUAUGAAUAACAACAAUUAAAUAAGUAGUAAUUAAUUAAACAACAAUUACAAUAAUUAUAAUAGUGUAUAAUAAUCAUCUACUUAUCGUUAUUAAUAAAGUUCUGAAUAAAAUAGAAACUCUUAAUUACCACCUCCAUCAUAAUUUUAAAAUUCUCCUUAUGGAAGACCUACAAUAAUAACUAAAUUCUCUGGGAGUUAAGAUAGGAAUUAAUUGAAUGAUAUGAAAAGUGAGAUAUUGACUAAAAUAUCAACAUCUUAAUUUGAUGAAAGUGAAGCAAAUUAAAAUGAUACUGAUCUUAAUAACUCUAAUUAAUAUAAUUAGCAAUAAAGGAUAUUCUAUUCUAAAUGUUUAGCUUAAAAGACAAAAUUACCUAAUACUCACCCAUCUCAAAAAAUACCUUUAUGUAUAUUACAUAAAGAAAUGCUUCAAAGAAAGAUUCCAAAUUCAAUGUGGGAUAAAUUCAUUAUGGAUGCUUUAAAUAAUCCUCAUCAAUAUUUAGAUAUGAAUAAAGUGUAAAAUACUCAAGGUAUAAAAAAUCAAUUAAGAUCAAUGACUCAAGAACACUAAUUCAAGUAAAGAAUACAUAACAUUUGA